AUGUUGCGGACUCGAACGAUCCUACCAGUCCUCAUCAAGGGGACCCGAUCCUUUGCGACAAUGUCCUCCACCUCUCAGCUCGGGGUUGUUCAACCUUCGGUCAAGGAGAUAAACAAUUUGUCCCUCGACUCUAGGAACCUUGAAAAGGCCGUGCGACACAUGCACAGAGAUGGCUUGGUUGUCGUCGAAGACGUCGUUCCCCCUGAGCACCUCGACCUCUUGAACAAGAAGAUGGUUGAAGACGCCAACACUCUUCUGGCUCGAGGUGACAAGGGCCCUUAUAACUAUAACAAGGGAAACAUUCAGCAGGAUGCUCCUCCUGUGGCUGAGUACUUCUUUCCGACCAUCUUCACAAACCCCAUUGCUACACAAAUCACCACAGCCAUGAUGGGCCCUCGGCCAAAGUGGGCGUUUUGUUCUGCAAACUCGGCAAUGGCAACCCUGCCAGGAAGUGAUCCCCAGCGUCAGCCGGUGCAUUCAGACGCCGACUUUGCCCACCCUGACCACCCAUUUGCCCUUGUCGUCAACGUGCCCCUUGUCACAGCCACUCCAGAGAAUGGGUCGACCGAAAUCUGGCUCGGAACCCACAACAACUUUGGGCUUGAUGCGCAGGAAGGCGCCCACGGUGACAGGGCCAGUGGUCGCAUCAGGGAGGAUCUCUUACGCCAGCGCGAGAAGGUCUCGCCUCCACUGCAGCCCGUCAUCAAAAAAGGCAGCAUCAUCAUCCGCGACCUGAGACUCUGGCACGCGGGGAUGCCAAACACGACGCAGGAGACCAGAGUCAUGCUGGCCAUGAUCCAUUUCGCGCCGUGGUUCAGGAACAGGAUGAGGCUCGAGUUUGGGCAAGACAUCAAGCCUAUCCUUGAGAAGUUGGAGGGUGAGGGAAAGUUAGGGUUGGAUGUGCCUGUAGACUGGGUCAGCAGGGAGGCUGUGCUCGAGGGGUAUUUGAACAGAGGAUUUGGGAAUAGCUAUGACUUUGACCAGGAACCUUGA